CGUUAGCCGCUAAGCUAACGAGCUGUGCGUGCCGCGGACUCGAAAGUCGAGCACAAAACAUUUGCAAGGUCAAAAUAUUCUUGAAUGAUUCCAGGAGCGCUGAAGAUGACGACCGAGCAAAGUGCCCACCUGAGCGUAAGGGGAUGAGCAUGAAGCCGAGUGACAUGAACGCUCGCCUUGAGGACGCCCUGUCCCGCAUCGCCGUGGAAACACAAGAGAUACAAGAGCUGGAGCAGCAGUUGACGGAUGGGCAGAUCUUGGCCAAUGAGCUCCUGCAGAAGGACCUGGAGGGGAUCCUCAGUGGACUUCAGGAAUAUCUCCGAGGACUUCGACUUAAGGCCAGUGAGCUGCAGGCUGAGAAUGAAAGUCUUCAGCGCCACCUGGAGGAUGCUCAGAGACGCCGCAAGAAGCUGGAGGACACGGCCCGGGUUUGUGAUCAGAAGAUGGCGGCCCAGCAGGAGGCGCUGGCGGCGCUGAAGUCGGAGGCCCAGGUGCUGAAAUGGCAGAAGGCGGGUCUGGAGGCGGAGCUGAAGGAGAUGAGGGAGGAGCUAAACCAGCAGCUCACACUGGGACAGCAGACCAAAACCAGAACCAGCGUGGCGCAAACCCAGCAACAAAUGGCCAGACUGCAGGACCAGCCGGACCACAAUCGCAUUGCCCAACUCGAGGACCGUGUGACCCAAUACCAGAACCACAUAACCCAACUACAAGAACAGUCUUCCGAGCACCACAAGCACAUAGACCAGCUCGAAGACCAGCUGACCCGAUACCGGAAGCGCAUCACCCAACUUGAACAUUCUCUGGCCCACCACCACAAGUGUGUCACCCGGGCGGAAUCUCCGUCAACGGCAAGUGUCGUCAACGCCAGGACGCCCGGAAUGGGGCGGGCUUGCCGCCUGUCGGGGGGCGCCAACGGCAAACCGAAACCCCACGCAGACAGGAGCGUGUUGCAGCUGUGUGAGGAGGUUCAGUGCGUGGAGCAAACCCUUCACAAGAGACGAGCCGAACUUCGCGAGGCCGACAGACGCUUGAUGCACGUGCACGCGCGUUUCCAUAGCAACCAGGCCGCGUCCCAGCACAGCGCCACCACUCUGAAGCAGAUGGCACUGCGCCUCAGAGCCCUGCGGGAUGAGGAGGCGGAGCUUAGGAGGCGGACCAGGGCGGAGCAUCAGCGGUUGAGAGCAGUGGAGGCGGAGCUCAGUGACAGGGAGUCAGAGUCCCAAGAACUCUGCACCACAGUGCACAUGGCCACAUGCAGACUAGCUGAGCUUGUGCGUGCGUGUCAGGAGGCUGAUGCAUGCUUGGACCGGACCCUCACUCAGGUGGAGCGGGCAAAGGCGGACCUUCAGGGCAUGGAGGCGGAGCAUCGCAGACUCAAGCGCUGAGUGUCGCUAUCUGAUCCGAGUGCUACACCGCAGCAAUGACGUCUAUGAGGAAACGCCGCUCAGUGCAAACUCGCCGUUUGGCUGCGAACGUCCCAAACUUCUUUUUGAAGUGCGGCGGGAGGAAACAGGAUGCGGAGCGCACGCGUGACUUGGAACGUGGGACGCCGACGGCUCACGUCCGACGGGAUCAGCUCUUCUCCUUCGCCGCGGUGAUUGUUGCCAGGCAACUCGCCACCUCGGGAGCACAACAGCUCGCGUCCACCUGCUCCAGCGCACACUGACACACACGCACACACAUUUAUUGUGUUAGCACGUUAGCGCUGUGCUUUAAAAACACACACGCACACAGAGUUGAGGCAACAUGCUAGCGAGUUAGCAGAUUAGCACCUGCAAGUGUCCGUGGGCGGCGGCGUCCAGCAGCGCGAGGCAUCGAGCGGCCCGGCGGCUCAGCUGACGGGCGACGUCGCGGCGGAGGCUCGCCUCGGACGAAGUGUCCACCACCAGGCGCAGCAAACACGGCAGCCACAGGUUGACGCUACCCGCUAACCUGCGGGUGGUGACGUUGGCGCUCAGCAAGGUAACGUUCCAGUUACUUGUUUGAGCAUUUUCGCAACACCUUCUGAAACUAUCCUAUUGUUGUUUUGUUUAGUUUUGCUGCAAAUCUAUUAUAAACGUAAUUUUUUAAUCA